AUCAAUUCUCAGCUAGCUUAGCUAGAACUGCUGAGAACAAAAAAUACUCCAGACAAAGCUUCCAUGCUAAUAGAAAAGGCUGAUAGAAUACAGCAGCUGUGCACCAAGCAGUGAGCAGCAUGGACAAGAGAAAAAACUCAAGUAUGGAGGGGUCCAGUGGCUGGGGCUCAUCUCCCCAACGGUACAGUGUGGAUAUACAACCUUCUCCUCCAACUCACCGUCAAAUGUACAGUGUUGACAUCCAACGAUCGGUCGCUCCCUCAAGGCAGACCCCUUCACAUGAUUCACCCAGUUUGUCAAAUGAUCACUCGGGCCACGGUUCCCAUGGAAGCAAGAUGCAGAAAUUCUCCAGCUAUUCCAGCCUUGAUCGACCUCGCAAACACGCCAAGCACCCGACUAGUCCUGAGCUCCACAGCUCUCACACCCUCCCCAACCCUCACACCCACACUCCACACCGUCACAAUACUGAGGGAGACGGUAGAGGGAAUUUAAGAGGGCCUCAAGAAAAUUCUUCAAGCUACCCCUCCGCUCCUCAUCAGCAGACUAGAUCUAGUCGAUUGUCACAGCCAGACCCUUAUGAAAACAGACGUUUUUCUCAAUUCUCCGAUGGAACUUUGACCCCGUCUCACUCUUCCCAAGCGAGCUACGAUGGACAGGGGGUUUCCCCUUACAGUGAUGGGCAUCAACAUAAGUUGUCGCCGUGGGAAUUGAGCAGUCCUCACAGUAGCCAAUCGGAUUCAACUCAGAGCUCUGAGCUUUUUUAUUACAAAACAAGGCCACCGGUGAGACCCUCGUCAGGUCGGAGCCGCAAACCAGCCCCUGUCCAGCUCCCCGUCCAACGGGCUGUCACCCCAAAUCCAUCUGCCAUGAUCAACAGAGGGGAGGCGUGGCAGCUGGAAGAGGACUGGGAGGGGCGUGGGUCUUCAGGUCAUCCCAACACUCAAGGGGCAACCGUUGGCCAUAUGGACCAAGCACUACUCCCGCAGAAACACUACUUUCAUACGCUACCCUCACACUCCUCACACUCCUCACAGGCCUCCCAUCAUCACUCACAGCAACACACAGUUGCACAGCAACAGCAAACAGUUGACAGAGUUGAUCGUGUCCACCCACUCCAGAAACGACACAGUGUAGCCGGAUUACCAACCUCCCCCACACACCAGUCCCCUCACAUCCCUCCCGUCUAUCGUCAUGACAGCAGGUCCCUGUCACAUCACUCGAGUCAAGAUUUCUCACCGAGAAAUUCAUCAGUUGUUAGUCCAACACAUCUUGCUAACGGGCAGAGACGAGGCAGUUUUGCAAGUGUUGAUAGUAACCAUAGCUCUGGCUCGUAUCAUAGCAAUACAAAUUCGACUGCUUGUUUGAGGAGAUCUUCCAGCAUGCAGCUGCAGGUAAAUCCAUCACCAAAGGGAUCCACUAGUCGAAGGGUAGUGGCUGUUAUCGGUCAGCAGAUCAUAUCCCCCGAGCGUGUGACUGAUCACAUGACUAGUCCAGGGAGAGACAACACUGAACAUGAGGGGACAGAUCACAGGAGGCACUCCACUUCAGAAGCAAAACAUAGACGACGACAUCGCUACGAACAAGUCAGAGCACCACAUCCGUACGAGAAGAUAAAAGAUGGUCUACCCCAAACAUCAUAUCCCCGCUCACCCCCCUCACACCCCUCACAAAGCUCACGCCUCUCACAAAGCCCACACCCCUCACAAAGCUCACGCCUCUCACAAAGCCCACACCCCUCACAAAGCUCACAGGAGGAGCCCGUCAAACCUUCACCUACCGUUAGUCGUUGGGUACCCACAAAGAGAGAGAGCCGUCCAAAAAGUAGCCCUGCUCCAAGAAAAACAAGUGACUCGAUACUUAAUCGUCUCUCCAGGAAAGGCACAACAAAUUCUCCCGCUCCCGGGAAACGUUUCUCGGCCGGUAGUGUUCUAGACGGACCUAAAGCACUAGACGAAGAUCAGAUGGUGGCAAAGUUGAAGCAACGAAUGUCCAGCCCUGAAAUACAGCUUCAUACUCACACCCUGAACCGGUAUUUCCCAAAUGAGGAGCAAGAAAACUCCAAAGAACAGAGCCUGAGUGACUCAGAUGGCACCCCUUCAACUAAGAGAGGUAGUCGAACUAAAUCUACCGGGACUAUUGUCCUGCAUAAGAUUGCCAAGAAGUUCGGCAAGAUGAGUAUCAAGAGCGGUGGUGGUGAUGGCGGUGAUGGAAGUGACGGGAGUGGAGGGGCCAAGUCCUCGUCCUGGAGUGCUAAGAAGGCAUCAAAGAAAAGGAAGAAGAAUACGAGGAGCAACUCGGUAUCUAAUCUGGCUGAUGCUGACGAGCCUAGCCGUCUCACUCAAAGCAUGGAGCAGUUGAACGAUAUCUGUCACACCCCCACCGGUACACCUAAGAUGACCCGGUCAUCUUCAAAGAGCAGACUCUCUCGCCGAGGCAGUGAGCCCGACCUCGAUGCAGCUCCUUUGUCUGGGAUGUUCAGAUCUGGAAGCAAAAAGAAUCUGUCCUGGGACCCUAAUGAAGAACUGUUUGAGCUGAUUGAACGCGGCAACACGGAGGAACUGAAGCAGCUGCUCCAAUCAACUACAACGAUGGGCCUGAACCUGCAAGCGUUCAACGAUGAUGAUCUCCUUCCCCUGGAUGUGGCCGCCAUGUUGAACCAAUCGGAGAUAGCCAAGCUACUCAUGGAGAAGGGAGCCAAGGACAGUGCAAAAUUUUGUCGAGAUAUCUCGUCCCGCUACUCUCGCGUCAUGUCCCUCCUGGGGGAGUCGGAGAGGGAGUUGGACUCGCUCAAGCACGAAAUAGUCACUCAGAGUGUGAGCAACAGCAGCGGACUCAAGGACAUUGAGAGACGGCUACGAAAAUGGGAGUGGAAAUUGCACCAGCUCAAGAAAAUGAAACAGAACUUUAACCAAGCAGGUGUUCCCGAACCCCCAGCGACGGUGACUCUUCAUGUGACCUCCAACAGAUCCCUCACUGUCUCCUUCACUGAACCCCAGGAAAGUAAUGGAGCUGUUGUCACGAGAUACAAGAUUGAGUGGUGUCGCAGUGAAUCCUUCUCUCCGGUAGUUGGGGAGUUUGUGAUGACAGAUCUUAGAUCCAUUGAGUACGCCAUCCCUGACCUGGACAAGGGAGAGCCGUACUUUGUCCGAGUGUCUGCCUACAACAUGAAGGGGUUUGGCCCUGCUCGUUUGGCCGACCCUCCCUCAGCCAUCCCCUCCAGCUGGCACGAUAUAGACAGCUCACAGCCUCGCUAUGAAGGGAAGACAGAUCAGAUGUAUGCACUCUCUGCUGAACUCAACAUGAUGCUCUCCCACUCACCACCGAUAUCACCAUCAGCAGGCAGUGCUACACCCGGUACUAGUCGCUCAACCAAGGCCAGCUUAAAGAAGCGUCUCUUUGGCUCCAAUAUUAAGUUCCAACACAAGUCUCUCAAAUCCGGUGUGUACAUUGCCUCCCUAGUCUACUCUGAAGACAGCAAGAUUCUCGUCACCUUGGACGAGCACAUUCCAAUACUGGAAGUUUCCGAUUCCGAUCCCAGUAAAGCAGGUCCCGAUUUCGUGUGGCUCGCAAAAGUCGGGUGCACAUGGGAAAACGUUCGAGCCAUGUGCGAAUCUUCCGACAGUUACACGAGCUCUCCGGCCGUCCAGUUUCGAAACAAACUUCUUCACGCCGUUCUUGCUCUCCAAGAAUCCCUAGGAAUGCAGGAUCUCGGCUUGCUACAUCCGGUACCGUACAAGGACAAGCACGGGGCGACUGUGUUCGUGCUAGUGCAAUGCUUGAAGGAGGCAAAGCUUCGGUCGUCUUCGUUCAAAUGGAUGUCUCUUCCACGUCUUCGCAAAAGGAAGGCUCAAGCACAAGAGUUGGAUGCACUCCCCGUGCCAGACCAACUAGUGCUUGAAGCCCAUGAAAUAACUGACUACCACAUGAACAGCACCAGGAAGCUGGACAAAGGACUGUACCUUGGUUACCUGAAAGGUCGUAGUACAGUGGCCUCCAUCAAGGUGAUCUGCUCCAGAGAGUACCCCAACGUGCUGCCCUACAUGAAGAUCAGGGACAACCCUAACAUAUCAAGUGAUGAGUGGCAAUGGUUCAAAUCUCUCUCCUCUGACAAUCCUCAACCACUCAAAGUCCCAGCAGGUCCCCAGUCGCUACAAGAAACACUCCUCCACACAAUCGAAACUUUCUUACACAAUCUCAAAAUAGCCAAAGAAGACAUGCCCCAUCAUCAGUUAUACAAGUAUGAAGCCAUAGAACUGAACGAGGACAUCACGUUCCUACUGCUGCUACCCCCUGCCGAGCAAGUGUGCACACCCCCUGGUAGCUCCGACCACUUUGCCAGCCUCUCGGAUUUUGUGGCUCUUCCGAUCAACACUUUCGAGAUCAUGCAACUGUUCACCUAUCAACCGAACUUCAUGACCAAGUACUCAACGGUGUCUGCCAGACUAGACCUGGAGCUGCUCACAUCCACACAGAGAAUGAGAGAGGCUUUCUCCAAUGACGAGUUCAGAGGCGCUAAGAGGAAAAAUGAAGAGCUCGAAAAAUAUCAAGAGAGAGCUGAGCCUGCUUGGAAGCAGAUGCGUUGGAUAGAGGAGGCGGUACAGAAUGGGCGGGACAUCUCCAACUCUGGAGACAAUUUAUUGUCCGUCGCAACCAUCAAAAAGGGAAUUGACAAAGCUAGAACAAGACAUGCUCAACAGCAGCAGGACGCAGAGAGAAGAAGAGAGAAAGAAGUCUCUCAUCAGCAUCGACAAGCCACCCUCUCCUCCGGCUACUUGCGAGUGUUCCCUGCAUAUACCACAGGUCUUGUGAAAGGCACCAGUGUCAAACUAUUCAUCUCCCAAGUGACCAGCACUACUGAAGUUGUUCGACUUGUUGUACACCAACUGGAGAAGGCACGAUUAGAUCGAGGAGUUCCUGGGAGCCGACUAACUGAAGAGGAUCUGUCAGACUUUUAUUUGGUUGGAAUGACUAACACUAACGAAUGGAUUUUGGAUACUCGUGCUCACCCAUUAUCACUUCAAGCUUCUGUAUGUAGAUUGGAAGUGAGAAGACGAUCUGAACAAUUCAGGCUAGACGAACAUAUCACAAGUGUAUAGUAUAGUUAUCCCUUUUUUUAAUUGAUGUGUGUUUUUCUAUUUAUGCUUUGUGUUUUGUGCAUGUACAAAAGCAAACUCCCUUGCCUUGUCAA